GGGGUCAGUGCCCCAGGGCCGGGCACAGAGGGCAGCGCUGCUCGGAUGGGGCGGCAGCGCCAGCGCAGGAUGUGGCUGCUGGGGCUGCCCUGGGCGCUGGCCCUGCUGGUCACCGCGGCCUCCUCCGGCCCCUCCGCGGACCCCCCGGACCCCGCGUCCAUCUUCGCCGACCUGUCCCCGGCGGAGCUCCGGGCCGUGCGGACCUUCCUGAUGGAGCGGCCGGAGCUGGGGCUGUCGCCCAGCCGGGGGGGGCCCCUGGCCAAGAACUCGCUGUUCCUGGUGGAGCUGCUGCCCCCCAAGAAGCGCUCGGCGCUGCGGUUCCUGGAGCGCGGCGGGGCGCGGCCGCGGCGCGAGGCCCGCGCCGUCAUCUUCUUCGGGGCGCAAGCGGAGCCCAACGUCACCGAGCUGGCCGUGGGGCCCCUGCCGCGCCCCAGCUCCUACCGGCCCCUGGCCUUCAAGGGCGGCCGCACCGUGCCCUUCUGGGCGCGGCCGAUGACGCGGCUGGAGUACGAGCUGCUGCACGAGGCGCUGGUGGCCGCCAUGGCCCCGCUGGAGCCGCUGCUGCGCGAGGCCACCGGCUUCGGCUUCCAGAACUGCUCCGAGCGCUGCCUCACCUUCUCCGACAUCGCCCCGCGCGGGCUGGGCCCCGGCGAGCGCCGCACGUGGCUGGUGAUCCAGCGCUUCGUGGAGGGCUUCUUCCUGCACCCCGUGGGGCUGGAGGUGCUGCUGGACCACCGGGACCCCGACCCGCGGCGCUGGGCCGUGCGGCAGCUCUGGUACAACGGGCGCUACUUCGGCGGCGUGCGGGAGCUGGCCGAGAGCCACGCGCGGGGCGCGCUGCCCCUGGCCCGCCUGCCCGAGCCCCCCGCCCGCCACCUCUUCUCCAGCUACGAGCCCCGCGGGCGCUUCUCCAGCGGGACCCCCACCGAGGUGCACGGCGCCAAGGUGUGCGAGCCGCAGGGCCGGCGCUACCGGCUGCGCGGCAACCGGCUGGAGUACGGCGGCUGGAGCCUGGCGUUCCGGCUGCGCUCCUCCGCCGGCCUGCAGCUCUUCGACGUGCGCUUCGGCGGCGAGCGCGUGGCCUACGAGCUGAGCGUGCAGGAGGCCGUCGCCUUCUACGGCGGCCACUCGCCGGCCGCCAUGCAGACCAAGUACAUGGACGCCGGCUGGGCCAUGGGCGCCUCCAGCUACGAGCUGGCGCGCGGCGUGGACUGCCCCGAGACCGCCGCCUUCCUGGACGCCCACCACCUCCUGGACGCCGACGGCCCCGUGCGCUUCCCCCGCGCCCUCUGCGUCUUCGAGCUGCCCACGGGCGUUCCCCUGCGCCGCCACUUUGACAGUGACUUCCAGGGCGGCUUCCACUUCUACGCGGGGCUGGAGGGACGGGCGCUGGUGCUCAGGACCACCUCCACCGUCUACAACUACGACUACAUCUGGGACUUCCUGCUCUACCCCAACGGCGUCCUGGAGACCAAGGUCCACGCCACCGGCUACAUCCACGCCACCUUCUACACGCCCGAGGGCCGGCGCUACGGCAGCCGCGUGCACACCCACCUCCUGGGCAACAUCCACACCCACCUGGUGCACUACAAGGUGGACCUGGAUGUCGCAGGCUCCGGGAACAGCUUCGAGACGAUGGACAUUCGCUUCGAGAACAUCUCCAACCCCUGGAGCGCGGGGGCGCGCGUGGUGCAGCCGUGGCUGCACCGGGAGCCGCGGCGCCGGGAGCGCGAGGCCGCGCUGCCGCUGGACCGGCCCGCGCCGCGGUACCUGCUCUUCUCCAACCCGCGCCGGCGGAACCGCUGGGGCCACCGCCGCACCUUCCGCCUGCAGCUCAGCUCCCACGCCGGGCCCGUGCUGCCCCGCGGCUGGCGCGAGGAGCGCGGCGUCACCUGGGCCAGGUACCACCUGGCCGUGACACGGCGCCACGAGAACGAGCCAAGCAGCAGCAGCAUCUACACCCAGAACAACCCCUGGGACCCCCCGGUCACCUUCGAGAGCUUCAUCCGCGACAACGAGACCAUCGAGGACCAGGACCUGGUGGCCUGGGUGACCGUGGGCUUCCUGCACGUGCCCCACGCCGAGGACAUCCCCAACACGGCCACUCCGGGCAACGCCGUCGGCUUCUUCCUGCGCCCCUUCAACUUCUUCAGCGAGGACCCGUCGGUGGCGUCGCGGGCGCCGGUCAUCGUGCGGCCCCUGGACCCUCCGGCCUGCUCCCGCCUGCAGAUCCAGCGCUGGACCCCGGCCAGCCCCGGCCCCUGCGUCCACCCCGAGCCCUUCUCCUACAACGGCACCUACCGCCAGGUGUGACCGGGGACACGGGGACACGGGGACACGGGGACACCGAGCCAGGGCUGGGCCUGUGCUGUGGGACAGGUGCAGCGGAGCACUGUCACCUCCCUGACCCCAGCACCAGGGGGACACUGCGGCCACCGGGGCAUGGGACACAUCACACUGUGUCACACGCUGUCACCUCCUCUGACCCCGGCACUGGCACUAGCGGCGUGUGGGACCCCAGUGACGCUGCGGUGUGGGAUGUGUCACGCUGUGCUACAUGGCACCACGUGCCACCUGUCAGGCUCAGUAAAGGCGAUGCCAACCCUUCCACCACCACGUGGGUCACUGGUGCCACCAGGACACUGGGCUAUGGGACACUACACAGUGCCACACGCAGUGUCACACAGUGCCAUAUGCCAGUAAAGGCAGUGUCACCUCCUCUGUUGGCACUGGCACCACGAGGACACUGGUGCCACCAGGACACCAUGGGAUGGCUCACGUCACAUUGUGACACAUGGCACCACCCGUCAGGCUCAGUAAAGGUGAUGCCACCCCUUCUGCCACCACACGGGACCCCAGUGUCACAGGGACACCACGGUGUGGGACACGUCACGUGUGCUGGGCUCAGUAAAGGUGAUGUCACCUC